AUGGCUUUGUCAUUUACAGCUGUUAUGAACCUUUUCUUUACAAUUUUACUGGCACAAGCUACCAUUAAUUUGAGUUCUGAAAGCAGCAGUGAUGAUGUAGUAUGCAUUGAGAGUGAGAGAAGAGCAUUGUUGAGUUUCAAGCAAGAUCUUGUUGAUCCUUUCAACAGGCUUUUGUCUUGGAACACUUCUCAUGAGAACUGCUGCAAAUGGGCUGGAAUUGUAUGCAACAAUUUAACUGGUCAUGUCGAAGAGCUCCACCUUCAUAAUGGCUCGUUACAGGGCAAGAUAAAUACCUGGUUGCUUGGUUUAAAGCAUCUGAGUUACCUAGACCUCAGCUACAAUUAUUUUGGAGGGACUCAAAUUCCCAUCUUCAUGGGUUCACUUGUGAGUUUAACAUAUCUUGACCUCACAAAUGCUGGCUUUAAGGGACUGAUUCCUCACCAACUUGGGAACCUCUCGAGUUUGACUCAUCUUGGUCUUCAAGGUCAAUUUUAUCAGUAUGAUCAGCCUGCAGCUUUAUAUGUUGAGAAUCUUCAUUGGCUUUCUGGUCUUUCUUCGCUACAACAUUUGGAUAUGAGCCACGUGAAUCUUAGUAAAGCCUCAGACCAUUGGUUGCAGGUAAUAAACAGGCUCUCUUCUUUGUCAGAACUGCAGUUGUACGGCUGUGAGCUUUCUCAUAUUAUUCCUAAUAAUUCUGUGUUCUAUGUUAAUUUUACAUCCAUUUCCGUCCUUGAUAUUUCAUCGAACCAUUUUAAUUCUUUCAUACCGGAAUGGAUUUUCAACAUGAACAGUUUAGUGUAUCUUGAUCUAAGCUACAACAGAUUUUUAGGCCCAUUUCCCAAUAGUUGUUGUUGGAAUUUAACUUCCCUGAGAGGCCUUAAAGUUGCUUUUAACCAGAUGAAUUCUUCUUUAGCCAUUUGGUUAUCUGGUCUGAGUAGUCUAGUGGCUCUUGAUCUAAGUGGUAACUCUCUACAAGGUCCACUUCCAAGCAGCAACCGAAACUCGACUGCUCUUAGAUACCUUGAGCUGGGUGCAUGUGAAUUAAAGUCAACCAUUUUAAAUGGCUGUUUGUAUGAUUUGGUCAGACUUGAAUACCUUGGCCUUAAUCGGAAUAAUAUAGAGGGUGUAAUCUCAAGUGCGUUUCAAAAUCUUACGUCACUUGUUCAGCUUAAGAUGUCUGGUAAUUCACUGGAAGGGGAAAUACCAACAUUUAUGGGAAAUCUUGCGUCACUCGUUUAUCUUGACUUGUCCUAUAAUUCACUUGAAGGAGAAAUUCCUUCCUCUUUGGGAAAUCUGACGUCAAUUGUUGAUCUUGACUUGUACAGUAAUUCACUUGAAGGAGAAAUACCUUCGUCUUUGGGAAAUCUGACGUCAAUUGUUCAUCUUGACUUCUCCAGUAAUAGACUUGGAGGAGAAAUUCCUUCAUCUUUGGGAGAUCUGACGUCAAUUGUUAGUCUUUACUUCGUCAAUAAUUCACUUGAAGGGGAAAUACCUUCAACGUUGGCAAAUCUUUGUAAUCUGGAGGAAAUUUAUUUGAGUGAUAACAAAUUUGAUGGAAAGGUGUUAAAUGCUUUUGACAGCUUGUCCUCAGGCUGCCUUUCGAAUAGUUUGAGGUCAAUCGACUUGAGUAGGAAUUCCUUUUCUGGUCAGUUGACGGAUCAAAUUGUUGAAUUCAAAAAUCUAGUCUAUCUUUCUUUGAGGGAUAAUAAGAUUUCUGGUCCUAUUCCGGUGUCAUUUGGAAAAUUAUCAGCUUUACAAGUUUUAGAUGUUGGAAGAAACCAACUGAAUGGAUCUCUUCCAGAAAGCCUUAGUGGUCUCUCAAAUUUAUAUGGUCUCGACAUUUCUUGGAAUCAUUUAGAAGGUGUUGUUACCCAACUUCACUUUGCAAAUCUCACUAGUUUGUCGGUGUUAAUUGCCUCUGGAAAUUCAUUGAAUCUAAGAGUAAGUCCAGACUGGAUUGCUCCUUUUUAUCUUCAGAGGCUUGAAUUAGGAUCAUGGAAUUUAGGCCCCACAUUUCCAGUGUGGCUUAAAACACUAAAACAGAACGAUUUGUAUGUGGACUUAUCGAACACUCAAAUCUCAGGCACCAUCCCCAAUUGGAUUUGGAACGUACCCGUUACAAACUUGAACAUCUCUCAUAACCAGCUCACUGGGAUAAUUCCUGAUAUGCUUCAUUUUGGUUCUUCCUACUUAGCGAUUGACAUGAGUUCCAACAUGUUCAAUGGUCCGCUACCUCGAAUCUCUUCUAAUGUCACAAAGCUAUAUAUUUCUAAUAAUUCUUUGUCUGGAGAUAUUUCUCACUUUCUAUGUCAACCCUUGGGUACACCAAACAGACUAGCAGAACUUCAUCUUGGAGAAAACAAUUUAUCAGGAACGCUUCCUAACUGUUGGAUGCAUUGGCCAAAUUUACGUUACAUAAAGUUGGGUAAUAAUAAUCUAACUGGGAAUAUUCCAAGCUCUCUGAAAUCUUUACAAAGCUUGAUGUCAUUGCACAUGCGCAACAAUAGUCUCUCUGGAGAAAUACCCCCAUCUUUGCAAAAUUGUGCGGAAUUAGCAGUUCUAGACCUUGGUCUAAAUGACUUCACUGGAGCCAUUCCAAAAUGGAUGGGAACUAGUCUGCUCAAACUAAAGAUUCUCAGUCUUCGUUCAAACAAGUUGAAUGGUCAUAUUCCAUUUCAGCUCUGCCACCUUACUCAGCUUCAAAUCAUGGAUUUUGCUGACAACAAUCUUUCUGGGAUUGUACCAAAGUGUUUCAUCAAUUUUAAAGUCAUGGCCAAAAAACAAGUUUCAGGUUAUUCAUCCUAUUACUCCUUCUAUUACCCCUUCUUUAAUGGCUACCUGGAGGAUGCAUAUUUGGUGAUAAAAGGAAAAGAGAAUCAAUAUGACAGAAUCUUGCCACUUGUACAUUAUCUGGACCUUUCAAGCAAUAAACUCACGGGAGAGAUCCCACAACAACUUACAGCUCUCCAGGGAUUGAUAUCUCUAAAUCUGUCAAGAAACUUCUUGAAAGGAAGAAUUCCAGAUAGCAUUGGCAACAUGGUGUGGUUGGAAUCUCUUGAUUUCGCAAGAAAUCAACUUUCCGGUGUAAUUCCUCCAAGCUUGUCAAGUUUAACUUUCUUAAGUUACUUGAACUUGUCUUAUAACAAUUUGUCAGGAAAAGUUCCAUCAAGCACCCAACUCCAGAGUUUUAACGCUUCUAGCUUCAUCGGCAAUGAACUCUGCGGACGUCCACUUUCCAACAUCUGUGAUGAAGACCAGACAAAACCUACGACAAAAAAUGGAGCACAGGAGGAAGAUGAUGGAGAUGAAGUUGGCCGCUGGUUUCAUUUGGGCAUUGGAACAGGUUUUGGGGUAGGAUUCUUUGGUGUAAUUGCUCCAUUAGUCUUCUCCACAACCUGGAGGCAUGCUUAUUUUGGCUUUUUUGGUUACUUGUGGUACAAAAUUCUCUACAAGUACAAUUGCCUUUGGAUAUGA